AUGCUUUCGAGUCGAGCAGUCCUCCGCGCUACCCGAGCGGCAGCUCCUCAACGGAUUGCCGUCCCAAGAGCAAUCGCAAGAACGCAAACCCGAUCCUACGCAACGCCUGCGGCUGCCGAUUCGAAACCGCCUAAGGCUCUCUACGGCCUUGAUGGCACUUAUGCUACUGCUCUGUACACAGCAGCAGUGAAGUCCUCUACCCUCGACAACACCGCCAGAGCCAUUGAAGCAUUAAACCAAGUAUACCACAAAGAUGCCAAACUUGCAAAGAUUAUGGAGGCCCCAACCUUGUCUGCAGCAGACAAGGCCGCGAUCGUUUCCGAGCUCCAUAAGCACACCGGAGGUGCGGAUAAAGGCGAUACCGUGAAGAACUUCCUCGAAACAUUGGCUUUCUACAACCGGUUGGGUCUGUUGAAAGGAGUCUGUGAGAAGUUUGGCGAGCUGAUGAGCGCGGCGAAGGGGGAGGUUGAGUUGACUGUGACGAGUGCUUCGCAAUUGGAUAGCAAGACAUUGUCCCGACUCGAGACUGCCGUCUCAAAGUCUCAAUAUGUUGGACAAGGAAAGAAACUCAAGGUCACGAAUAAGGUCAACUCCGAUAUCCUCGGUGGACUGAUUGUUGAGAUCGGUGACCGGACAAUUGAUCUCAGUGUUUCAUCACGAAUUGCCAAGAUGAACAAACUCCUCACUGAUACCUUGUAA